ACUGUGGAGCGCCCGUGUGAGGAUAUGUGCUCUCGCCCUCCUCCUCAUCUCAUACCCAGAAAUAGCUUACUACAUUGAUUCUUUUCUCGCUUUUAAAAGUUAUGAACAGUAUUAAUGAAACUUUAUUCAACGGUUCACAAAUUAAAUGCAAUUAAAUCUCUCAUUCUUGGUAUUAUGUUGAGUAAUGUUUACAACUCCCGAGUAAUGAAUUUCGAAGGAAAGUUCGAAAAGUGUUAAUUUACAGGUCCUGUGUAUAAACCUUCUGCAUUAUUAUUUGGCUCUCAGUAAAGUCAGCCUCUCUGCAGUUCACGGAACUCCUAAAGUGACUAAUUUUAACAAGCGAGUUACAGCUAGAAGACUGCGGCAUCAGCAGAGGUACUGAAGACGAGUAACAAAUGAGGGCGUGGUGGUGUGUGGUGAUGGUGGUGGUUGUGGUAGCCUCUCCCAACCUCACAUGGUCCUUCACCCUCGAUGGCUACUUCAAGAUGCUGGAGUUGGUGACCAAAACUCGAGACAUGUGGAGAAAAAUUUUGCUUGGCAACGAUAUAGGGUUUGUUGCCUCGCCAUGGUUAUUCAAGGACCGAGUGAAGCCGCCAUAUGUGCCUAUGGUUACCACUUUCCCCAAGUCCCCAGUCAAUGGACACUACCGCAACGAGUGUGCCCAGACCACUCCUCCACCUGCUUCCUCUCCUCCCGUGGCCACACUUCCAACACAACCUUCACAAAACCGGCCUGAGGCAGGGCCGCUGGAGCACCCCUUGUCCACCAUCCGUCAGAAGUAGAGCCGGUGAUGCUCCCUUUCCUAAUUGCGUAAUGGGAGGAAGGUGAUAUCCCAUCUCCAGCAUCCGCAUGAGGGAUGACCGGUUAAUUUCGGUAAUGCCCUCACCCUCCACCAACAAGAGCCGGUUGUACUCCUCCAUUCAAUUCACGGGUGCUGUGACUUCGCCCCUAAUCACUGACAAAGGCCAGAAAGCACGAGUAUGAAGCGUUAUGCCAUAGUUUAUAACAGAACUGUAUGUAGGGAAAGCACAAUAUGCACUACAGUGUGACAUUGUAAUUGCCAGAAUUAGGCUGGGAUAUAAAUAUCUAGCAGGUGGCUGCAGGUAAUGAAUCUUCCAAAGGUGAGAAUUCCAACUGUAAAGUAUGUGAACAAGAACUAGGACAUACACUAUAUCUGUGAUUGCCCUGUUAUCAAUGACUUCAGGCAAAAUGGAGAUUUUCAGAUAGAACUAAUUCAUAAACUUUCGAAUAUUAGAAGAUAUUCUUGUGUUCUACCCAGAGUUUGCUAGUGCAAGCUAAUAGACUAGACUCGUCUCGUGUUUUCACCAGACUCUACGUAUGACUAACCAUGCUGAGAUGGGGAUAUUAAAUGAACUAAUAGCAAAUUCAUCAAAUGCUAUGUUGAACAUUUCUCUCCGUAUUCUACCUCCUCCCUGAAACGUUAUGCGUGUUAGUGGUUUUUCAAGAAUGUAAGAACAGCAAUGUUAUGUACUCACAAA